GCAGAUCUGCAGAGACGCGGAGGUGAACAGUCAGAAGUGAAGAUGAUGAAGAUGAAGAUGUAUGUGUCUGCAGGUCUGCUGUUCUUCAUGUGUGUGUGUCUGAAUGAGCAGAUGCUGGAGGCCUGCAGCUGUAUCCCCUUUCAUCCACAACAGGAGUUCUGCUAUUCGAGUGCUGUGAUUAAGGCUAUGGUACUUGACGAGGAGCCCAUACCUGGCCAAGACCCCGAAGAGAUAAAGUACAAAAUCAAUGUGCUCCAGGUGUUCAAGGGCGCUGAGCAUGCAGGAAUCGAGUAUUUACACACAGCUAGUGACGGAGCGAUGUGCGGUAUCCGCCUGAGACCUGGCAUUUAUCUGCUCGCAGUGAAAGGUGUGUAUGUUGGACUGUGUGACCUUGUGGUGCGUUGGGACAAUCUCUCCAAAACCCAUAAAAAAAUCCUCAGCUUAGGUCAGGAAGCCUGUGACUGUAAGGUCAGUCACUGCUUUAAGGAGCCCUGUGAUGAAAACAAGUGCUACUUGACAGACAUGUUUGAUUCGGUGAAGCUGUACUCAGAGUCGAUCUGCAUGGCCAACAGCACCGGCUCCUGCAGAUGGAUCAAUGCAUACUAAUGCUGAAGAGCAACGGGAAAAACGAUGCCUGAAGUAGAGUGUGUGAGGCGUUCAGCAGCGGAAAUAGAGGCUGUUUUGGCUUUUGAGAAUGCUUAAAAUUAUAUAUAUAUAUAUAUAUAUAUAUAUAUAUAUAUAUAUAUAUAUAUAUAUAUAUAUAUAUAUAUAUAUAUAUAUAUAUAUAUAUAUAUAUAUAUAUAUAUAUAUAUAUAUGUCAGCUUUUUCAUGCAUAAUAAAAUGAACACAAGCGUUUUGUCAAGCUUUGCUAUGCUUUAGAAGUACACACAAAGUCUGUUUGUCUGCAGAUUUGCUUAAAACUAUUAAAAUGUUUUGCAUG